AUGGGGCCUUGGAACUUUCCUAUGUUGCUUCAAUUUCACUUCCUAGACAUAUGUAAGUUAAUUAAUGAUGUCCCUAUCUCUAUUGUUCCUGAUAUGUCUGAUAAGUUGAUUUGGGUUCCAUCAUCUUCUGGGGAGCUAUUGGCAAAGGAGGCAUUCCAAUUUAUGCGCCCACGUUUACCAUCUUUGGAUUGGAGUAAGCUCAUAUGGUCUAAAUUCAUCAUUCCUCGUAUUUCUCUUCAUUCUUGGAAAGUGUUGAGAGGUAGAGUGUUAUCUGAGGAUUUACUACAACGUCGUGGGAUUGUUUUGGCUUCUCGUUGUGUCCUUUGUGGUAGGGAUUGUGAGUCAUCAUUCCCACAUAUCUUUCUGACUUGCUCUUUUGUUGCUUCACUAUGGAACAAUUGGGCAUGCUUAUUUGAGUUAGGAAGUCUACCUCAAAAUUUGGUUGAUCUAAUAUACUAUGGGGGUGUUGGACGUAGUCAUCAGCUCAAGGAGAUUUGGUUAAUAUGCUACACCACUACCUUGUGGUUUAUCGGGAAAGCAAGGAAUAAAAUAAGGCAUGAUAAUUGUACCAUUGUUGUAGAUGCAGUACAUCAGCUAAUUAUGGGUCACGUGAAAGCAGUUAGCAAAUUAGCCUCAGGUUGCAUGUCUAAUUCUUUAACAAAGCUUCGGGUUUUGAAGAAGUUUGGUUUAUUAUGUCAUCCUUGUCAGGCUCUGAGGAUUACAAAGGUUAAUUGGCAUCCUCCUCUCUUUGGUUGGAUUAAAGUCAAUACCGAUGGUGCAUGGCAAAAGACUACAGGGAAAUCUGGUUAUGGUGGAAUUUUUAGGGAUUUUCACGGCUCUUUCCUUGGUGCUUUUGCUUCAAACCUUGAAAUUCCUAACUCGGUGGAUGCGGAGGUUAUGGCGGUUAUUCAAGCUAUUGAGCUUGCUUGGGUUAGGGAUUGGAAGCAUAUUUUGCUUGAGGUGGAUUCAGCAAUUGUGCUUAAUUUCUUGCAUGAUCCUCAUCUUGUUCCAUGGCGAUUGAGAGUAGCAUGUGGUAACUGUUUGCACCGCAUUUCUCAGAUGAAUUUUCGAUCUUCUCAUAUCUUCAGGGAAGGUAAUCAGGUGGCAGAUACUCUUGUCAAUAUGGGUCUGUCAAUGUUUGCAUUAUCUUGGUGGGAUGAACCUCCCCACUUCAUUCAGGGCAUGUACCAACGAGAUAAGUUCGGUAUCCUAAACUUUUGUUUUCAUUGA